UGGGUUAUGUAGGACAUCGUACCUAGAGUACUUACCAAUGUAUUAGGUGCCUACGCUUCUUCAGUCAUUGAUGGGAGUAUUAUACGAUAUAUUGGUGCGUAUACAUUUCAAGUUCCGUCUAGAAGCACUGGGGUCAUUUCAAUGUCUACCUAGUACUAUCGUAUGUACCUCAGUACAAAAUAGACAUCAUGCCUGAUAUGCAUUACAGACUUAAUCACUCAAUACUGCAAACCAGCAAUGUCUGAGGUACCCUCUGCGGCCGACUACGAGGCGGCAAAACAGAUCAAGGAGCAACUGAUUGACCAUUUCAUGAAGCCAUGGCUUUCGAAGGAAAAUGUCAACGAGGAGAAGCCUGUGAACGGGCUCUUCAUGCAGCAAUGGCAUUUUGGUGAAGACCAAGAAGCAACGCCAGACGCUUUGUGGGCGCAAGAGAAGCCCAACGAGGGAUGGUAUUUCAUCGACUUCGACAAUCUCCCUUGUCCAGAUCAAGAGCUACGAGAAGAACGUGAGCGCAUACAGACCCUACUCGAAGACCGUAAAAUCCUUCUCGCUGUCAAUAAAUUGCUAGAGAAGGAGAUUGAUGAGGAAGGACUGUGCGCAUUCGAUUGCGAGUCCAUCUUCGACGUCCCACCUACAAGCGAGCUUAACCUACAAGCAAAGAUUGACCUAAUAGUCAAGUUCAAGCACCUAUAUCAAGUAUUUCCGACUACUUCUAAUAAGCCUGAUCCUAAGCCAGAGCCGGAGCCCGAGAAAGGCAAGAUGAAGAUGUCUAUGCUCCGAAUCACUGCUUUCGAUACACUUCACGUCGAAACCUUCGUGGCUCCAAUCGUACCUGAGUAUUGUCAUGAUUGCUUCCGUGCACUCCUCGAGGAUGUUGCUGAGCCAUACCUUCAUGCUGGUAUUUCGAAUCGUACCUGCCUCGAUCGCGACUUACUCGAUAUUCCCGAGGCGAAGACAGUCAAGCCCGCCACAGAGGAGGGACAAGAAGAGCGGUAUAUGGAGUGGGAACUGGAGCGUAAACUCAGCAGCGAGGUGCUUGCCAGCUGGUCCUACCUAUUGUUAGACACGUGUGCCAGCGAAGGCCCCCUUGCCGAUCCAAACACAGUCUAUCUGCUAUGGCUACCCAUUGACAAUGAGGAACAGUAUAAAAAGAUGCUUUCGUCGGUCAAAGACAAGGGCUCAUCUCCUAUGUUUAUUCGCACUUGGAAACUUAACAAGGCUAUGCGUGUUGCCAUAAACCGCGAGCGCGAAGCCAGCCGCUCCAAAGAGCCACCCACAAACCAAGCAUGAGCUUAGUUGGGACGACACGGAAGACUCUUUUUGGAGUUUGUCGGAGCCCGAUGUAUUUGCCUGACCUCAUCUUGGAGGUCGACUUUGUGUAAAUGGGAAUUAUCAAUUGAGAAGAUCAGGGUGCACUGAAGAUGGCCCAUUGUCUGGGCAUUCAUGGCAACGAGUCUUUGGUGAUUGUGAGAGAUCAACAGUAAACGUCGGGUAUCUCAGAAUAAUACUGUAUUGAUCCAUACUUGCUCUUGUUUCUUGUCCC